AUGGAAUGUAUGGCUCAAGAAGAACAUGAUAUCUCAGCACAGGAUGCUUUGUCAGAGGCUUUUAGAGCACUGAAUCACCGCGACACAGCCCGCGGAUUUUCACCGUUUCAGCACGUCCUUGGUAGGGCUCCAGAUGAGGCAGGGAGAUUUUUCACUCCUUUGAAUCAUGAUGCUCUGGAACCAAUUUUGGAUUCGGAACGCCAGGACAUGGCACAGAACCACCACCGUAGACUGGUGGCAGAGAAAUCAUUUUUGGAAUGGCAGGCCAAAGAGCGACUGUCACGUGCGGCAUCCUCAAAGCACCACAGAAUCCUCGAUUUUUCUGCAGGGGAUAUGGUUUACAUAUGGCGAAAACAACUGACAGGGGUAGAUGCUCAACAAAACAAGAUUGGACAGGGACGCUUUGUGGGACCAGCGAGGAUCCUUGCUACAGAGCAGAAGCGUGACUCCCAGGGCCAUCUUAUACCUGGCAGUUCAGUAUGGCUAGUAAGGGGCCGCCGCCUCUUGAAGUGCUGUCCGGAACAACUAAGACACGCCUCUGAGAGGGAGAAGAUUCUGACAGAACUACAUGAUCAACACCAAGUGCCUCAAUGGGAUUUUCCUAAAGUGGCACAGGAGCUGGGUGGCAAUGAAUAUGAGGACAUUACAGAAGCCCCUACACUUGGGGAGUGGAAGCGGGCGAGAGACCCCGCAUCAGAGUGGCAGCCCACCAUACGAUUGAACAGAAAGAGCUGUGCUCCCACUCCGGAGGUUCCAGCCAGAGGAAGUGAUGAUCUGGUGUCAGCACCAGGUGAUCCACUUCCCCAGGAUCAUGGACCAGGGGAGCAUAGAGCUCGAAGCCGCAGCCGUGGUCGAGAACCAUCAGAACCCAUGAGCCAUGGUUUUGCAAAAGCUCCUCACUGGUCUGGAAAAGUGGAUGAGACGUUUUUCGUUGAUUCAAAUCCACAACAAGAGUUUCGGAACUCAGUUUUCUCUGUAGAGAUCGAUAUGCCACAGACUCGAAGCAGUUCUGAAAGAGCCUUCAAGGAUCUACAAGCAUACUUCACCACAGCAAUGAGGAAGCGAGCCGUGGAGAUUUCUGAAAGAAGGCUUACCCCAGCGGAAAAACAACAGUUCGAUCAGGCGAAGGCGAUCGAGGUGAACAAUUUUAUUUCUGCAAGAGCGUUUGAAGCACUGGCUCCCGAACACAAGUUUUCAAGAGCAGAUGUGAUCAAUAUGAGGUGGAUUUUGACUUGGAAAAUGAAACCUGACGGUAGCAAGAAAGCAAAGGCUAGGGCUGUACUGCAGGGCUACAUGGAUCCAGAAUAUGAACAUAGAGCAACUCAUUCACCUACAACAACGCGGUUAUCACGGCAACUACAACUGCAGAUCAGUGCGAGCAAAGGAUUUCGCACAAAGAAGGGUGAUGUGACUGGUGCUUUCUUACAAUCCAGAGAAUACCCUGAGGAACUUCUCUGUGUGCCCUGUGACGAGAUUUGCCAAGCAAUGGGUUUGGCCCCAGGCUCAGUAACAAAGGUCAAGAAGGCUUGCUACGGUUUGGUUGACGUGUGCUGGAAUGAAGCUGGCGUGAAUUCCUUUGACAAGGCGUCGGAAUUUUUCGUUGUGUGCUUCUUGUGUGGCCAUGAUGCUGAAGCUCCGAUUGACCAGUGUUUCUGCGAAGCCAAGGCAGGACAUGGAGGAACCCUCAUGGACACCGGUGCUUCCCAUGACAGGCGGCUCCUGCCCGAUCGGCAACUCGAUCUGGGCCAGCCGGGCAUGUUGGGCUUGCGUCACGAAUGGGCAAUCCUCUUCCAAUGCGUCUUCUUUCUACUGCUACUGGACUUCUUUGUCUUGCGAAAGGUGCGCUCCAACCUGCGAAAUCAUGUGGCGUUGACCAUCUUUUGGAUUUGCAUCGGCAUGCUGUACAACGUCCAUAUCUGGUACCUCUAUGGUCCAGAUCAGGCGAUCUACUGGUUCAGUGGCUUCACCCUAGAAUGGAUGCUCUCGAUGGACAAUCUGGUGGUCUUCAGUUUGAUCAUGACGACCUAUCGGGUCCCGGCCUGUCUCACCCGCAAGGCCCUGUUUGUUGGCAUCGUGGGCUGUGUGGUGAUGCGCUUGGGAUUCUUUUUGGCACUAGAAAACAUUUUGAAACACGAGAAGAUCCUUCAGGUCUGCAUGGGCAUUGUGCUGAUGGCCAGCGGUGGACAUGCCAUGUUUGAAGAUGACAACGAAGGUGAUGUGGUGGACACCUACGUGGUUCGCGCCACCAAGGCUUGUCUGGGUUCACGCUUGGAGCAACGCUACGACACCGAGACUUGCAGGUUAUUCGUGUACCAGGAUGGGAAAUAUCGAGCGACUUUGUUAGUCUUCGUGAUUCUUUUGUUGGAAAUCACGGAUCUGAUGUUUGCCCUGGACAGCGUCAGUGCCAAGAUUGCAGCGGUGCCAAAUCAGUUCAUCGCCUACAGUUCCACGGUGAUGGCGGUGUUCUCCCUGCGUGCCGCCUUUUUCAUUGUCCAUGACCUGGUGCAGCAAAUCGAGGUAUUGAAGUACGGCGUGGCCUUCAUCGUGGCCUACAUCGGUGUGCAGCUGAUCUUGUCCACCUUUCGCUACGUGCCCGAGUGGAGCACCUGUGCAGUGUCGGGCCUCGUCAUUCUGACUUGCUUGAUGGCCAGGUGUUGCGUCCCUUCAAAGGCACGUAGCAACUGA